UGGUCGACAGACGACCGGCGAGACGCCCUUUUGUCUGCACAACACAGACUCUUAAACCGGAAUUUAAACUGAACUGACACACAGGCAGCGACUAUGGGUGCCGUUUCGAGCACCGAAGCUGAAAGGGAACCGCUUCUCGUCCCUGCUCACACGGAGGGAAACAGUCCGCCAGUAAACAGCAGAGUGUACAGGAGAAGAUGGCUGGUUCUGACCCUGUUUUCCCUCCUGGGGCUCUUGCAGGGGAUGGUGUGGAAUUUCUGGGGUCCUAUUCAGAACUCGGCCAUUCACGCUUACGGCUUCACCAAGCCCGACAUCGCAGUUCUGGUACUUUGGGGCCCAGUGGGCUUCGUCCCCUGGCUGCUGUUUAUGUGGUUAAUGGAUAAAAAAGGUUUGCGGGCAUCCCUCCUCCUCUCUGCCCUCUUCAUGCUGCUAGGAGCAGCUCUGCGGAGCAUCCCACUGACAGAACAGCCUCUCAGACGAUGGUUGAUACAUGGAGGUCAGUUUCUGAAUGGUUUAGCCGGCCCUACCAUAAUGAGCGCCGGACCCUACCUCUCCACCACAUGGUUUGCUCCUGACCAGAGAGCCACUGCAACAGCCGUGGCCUCACUCUUCUGCUACCUGGGAGGCGCUGCUUCCUUUGUAGUGGGACCUCUGGUAGUGCCAGCCCCCAAUGACACACUGUCAGCAACCACGAUGGCGGCAGCAGUUUCCGACAGCUCCAUCCGAGACAGAAUCCAGCUGGUUAUGUAUGCAGAGUUGAUUGCAGUUGCUGUGCUUUUUGCGGCGGUCCUGCUCUAUUUCCCAUCACGCCCACCGAUGCCUCCAAGUGUGGCUGCUGCAAGCCAGAGACUCAGUUACAGGAGCAGCAUCUGCAGACUUCUUAGCAACUUGCGGUUCCUGAUGAUAGCAUUGGCCUAUGCAGUCCCCACAGGAGUGAUUGCCGGAUGGUCAGGAGUCCUCGACAUGGUCCUUACACCUGUCAAAGUCAGUCAGGUGGAUGCAGGUUGGAUUGGUUUCUGGUCAACUGUCGGUGGGUGUGUGUUUGGAGUGGCAAUGGCCAGGUUUGCAGAUUCUAUUCGGGGGAUGCUGAAGCUGAUCCUGGUGCUGAUGCUAGCAGGAGCCUCACUGUCCUCUACCUGGUUCACACUCACCUGUCUGAGUGGAGUCACUCACCUUCCCGCCACUGCAGCCAUCUUGUACACCUCCUGCAUCCUGGUGGGCAUUUUUAUCAACAGCAGCGUGCCAAUAUUCUUCGAGCUCUUCAUCGAGACAGUGUACCCAGUCCCUGAGGGAAUCACCUGUGGGGUGGUCACUUUCCUGGGGAACCUGGUCACCGGCCUGCUCCUCUUCUUUCUCACAUUUUAUUGUAAAGAGCUGUCGUGGCUCAACUGGUGUCUAACAGGCUCCUGUCUAUUCAGCCUCGUCCUCAUCCUCUUCUUCAGGGAGUCUUACGACCGCCUCUACCUGGACGUCUUUGUCUCCGUGUGACACAGCAGAGGACAGAAACGAGACAGCUGAAUAACAAGGGACUGAACAAUUAUUCUUGCACAAAGGAGAGGAGAAUGAAGGGAAUGUCGAAAGGCCACACUCUUUUAAGAUGGAUGAUUUUAGGAUUUAAAUGUAUAUAUAUAUAUUGGUAAUGGUGGUGAUGGGUUGCUGUUGUAUGGCUGCUGAGACGAACCACAAGGCAACUCUACAUCAGUGUUUACUCUUCAUACCUGAUCAACCCAUGCCCACAUGACUAACACAUCAGUUCCGGUUUUUAUGUCAGUCUGUUUGUUAGUAAACAAACGUUCACAAACGUUUGUGAAUUUUUUUUUUUCUUUUUAAACCAGGCAUGACAUGUAGGACUGUUAGUUAUUGCUGUUUACAGAUUAUAUAAUAUUUAAAGUUGUUCUCAGUGUCGCCCCCGUGUGGCUGCUCCGCUCACUGUCCUUGAUCGUCUCUAAAAUAAACUGGACACCAUCACAAAGUUCACACGCUGGAUGUCGCUGACACCAGAUCAGCUCAAGAGGAAAUGAAGGGUGAUGAAGGGACAGCCUCAUCAGCCAAUCAGCAGGCCUGGCUGUGCUGAGUCGAGGACUGACAAGGGACCUCCUGGUGUUUUAGUUCUCCUCCACUGGUAAGACCCUGUUAAGUGACCUGUGGUACUUCCUGCCAUUGAGAGGCAGGUUCUUAUGUAAUGUUUUAUCAACCUCUCAAGACAAAUAUUAUGCAAAUAAAACGAUCUAGAUUGAUGAUUGGAUGCCGGCUACGGACGUGGGCUGGGAUUGGAUAAGCCUGCACUUUUUUCCCCACCAGUGAAUUGUCCAUGUGGAAUAAGCUGACUCAUCUGAACUGUUACACCAUCAUCUUCCAGAAGUCAUUCAGCCAAUUUAUGGUUAACUAUGUCCAUUUUUUGGGGGGAGUUUUUUACAGUUUUUAAUCUUUGUUUUUUUUUUUCCCCCCUCAGCAGCCUGCCAGUAUUUAUUGGAAAUGUCUCAACACUAGCACCGUCGACGCUCAGUUUAACAGAAGCGGGAUGUUUGGUAAAGAUUUCAGCCACAGCUGAGGCACACUGAGGGAGAUUAUUUUACUAUACAGGCAUGGGGAUUAUGUUGCGUCGCCAUUGCCAAGCUGCUCCUCCUCCAAAGCACCAGCAGGUGUCUCUGCGCCAACUGAGUGUCUACUGACAAAAAAAAAAAAAAACCUUAAGCUAAAAAGGAAGUUGCCAUUUUCAUGGAUUCCUGGACUGAUAAAAUUGGAGUUGUGACAAAAACCAGCUCCAAAUCUAGAGGGACAUAACCACACACUCAAAAAAAAAACAAAAAAAAACAA